CAAAGGCUUACCCGCCAUCAAGGCAACAAUCCUCUAAAACGCCAUCACUUUUGGGUCGCUUCUCAGUUCUCUGAGUCUCACUGUCUCUCUCCGCACGCAAAGAAUCAAAACUCUCCGGCAUUGUCUUCACGGACGGUCGAAGCUGCAAUGUCCGACGACGACGCUGACCCUGAUUACCUUCUCUUUCUCCAAAACUAUGAUCAAUUUGAGGUAUAUGCCACAGGAGAAGGCGUUGACGAAGACGAAAACGAAGACGAAGACGAAGACGAAGAAGAAGGAGAAACCGAAGACGAAAACGAAGACGAAGACGAAGACGACGAAGAAGAAGGAGAAACCGAAGACGAAGAAGGCGAGGAGUAUGUUCCGGCGCUAGAAUCUCCUAGGGUGGAAGAAGGGGGCCACAAGCGGAGGAGAACCGAAGGAGGAGAAGCGUGUUGCUCGUACGGAGUUGGGAGCGCUGAGGAUUCCCAGGGGAAUGAGUGGAAUCGGAGUGAAAUCGACGGCCUCUUUUGCCCUAUUUGCAUGGAAGCUUGGACCACUGACGGUGGCCAUUAUAUCUGCUGUCUUCCUUGUGGGCACAUUUAUGGAAUGUCUUGCAUCAAGAAAUGGCUACAACAACGUGUAAAUUCUGGAAAGUGUCCUCAAUGCAAUAAGAAAUGCACAUUGAAGGAUGUAAGGAGGCUUUUUGCAUCGCAGGUUGUUGCGGUUGAUGAAGAAUCACAAAAGAGAAUUCGAUCACUUGAGGCUAAAUGUGCUUCUCUUGAGAAGAAGGGUGUUGAUUGGCGUAAGAAAGAAGCUCAAUGGCAAAAGAGAGAAGCUCAAUGGCAAAAGAGAGAAGCUGAGUUGCAUCUAAAAGUUUGCCAGCUGACAGAGAGGGAAACUUAUUUGGAGCAUUUAGUAGGAGAUAUGCAGAGCAGGCCAUCUGGAUUAGUAAAUGCGGGUGGGGACUGUCAAGGAAGACCUAUGUUUGGACACAACUUUGGCUCAAGUUUGUGCGUGCAAGGAUCUUCUUGUAGUUUCAUAUUACAGAAAGAGUUCCAGGUAGAUGGUGCACGUUUAGUUGAUGUAGAUUCUUCAAGCCAAAUUAUAUUUAUCCUGCGAAGGCUGUCUGGGAUGGUGCCAACAUCUGUACUUACCAAAAUGAGCUUGAUACCUCCACAUGAAAAGGAAGAUAUUUUGCUUCCUUCUAAUAUGAAAGUUAUUAGGGACCUAUGCAUUUCUCCUUCUAAUGGCAGCCAUGCACUUUUUGCUUCAAUGGCAAAAUUAUCAGUUCUCAGUCUGGAAAGCAACAAUAUCGUCCUUUCCUAUGAUCUACCGGCUGCUGCUUGGUCAUGCUCAUGGGAUCUCCACAACUCACAUUACAUAUAUGCUGGACUGCAGAAUGGCUCCCUUUUGGUGUUUGAUAUUCGCCAGACUGUUGGGCCUGUUUAUUCCCUGAGGGGGCUGACAUGCAAUCCUGUGCAUACCAUUCACUCACUUUUACAUAGUUCAACUCUUACUUCCGGUGUUAGGUCCGUCCUAUCUGCUUCGUCGAUUGGCCUAUGUCAGUGGAUUUUUGGUGGUGCUGAAGAAGGGCCAUUUUUGGUUCCUGAAACAGAUAAUAAAGGCGUUUGUAUAUCCCUUGCUUAUUCUCCUAGCAGUGAUGAUAUUGUUGCUUCAUAUCGUCCCAAAGUUGAGAUGUCAAAUGAGAUGGCUAUUUCUCAACCUUCACUAACUCAAGUUAUAGGGCAAGGAACACAAGGCUCCCAUGUUCAUUAUCGGGGGGUGGGGAGCAACUGUUUUCAAAAGUGGGGUUCUGCAUGUGCCAAUGUAAAUGAUAUUCGACUACCCAAAAAGUCUGCAAUUAUAGACAUAGAAAAUCAAAAUAGGUUGUUUGCAUCUGGGGAUGAUAAAAUGUGCGAUUUGAUCUUGCAAGACUUACCAUCUUUUACAGUUCUUCAGCAUCUUAAUACACAAAAACAUCCUGUUCGUGAUGUGAAGUACACACAUGCCAUGAGCCAAGGUUUACUCAGUUGUUUAAGUGAAGACAGAUUGCAACUUUUCUGUACCAAGCUCUCAUGAGAAAGGUUUCUGAAUUUGUUAGGAGGCGUCGAGCUGACAUUAUUUUUCUGAUACCAAUAGUGUAAUUUAAAAUCUAAUUUUAUGAGAGCAUUUUGUAAGGUUCACUUUAGUAGAAAUUGUUUAUUGAAUGUUUAUUAUUAGAUGGUUAAGGUUCAAAUGAAAUUUUCAGGUAGCUGCCGGAGUAAUGAGUGUGCCUUGUACCGGUACGUGUUAUAUAAUACUUAGAUUAAUGGUCAUAGUUGUAAGUUUAAAGAGUAAUCACUGCGAAGUGAUAUUACUUAGAAUUCACUGGAGUAUAUAUUUAAUGGUCAAGGCAGGUGAUUAUAUACAUC